AUCAUUAGAAAAUCUCAAGAAAAAAAGCUCUUUUUAUACAUUUAAAAGUAUCAUUUAAAAAUUAAUUGCAUACAGGUCUAAUAACAGUCAAAAAAUUAAAGGGGGAACUUUGUUUACCUAAAAUGUAAACACAUAGAAAGUAAAGUUAAUUAUUUACAUAAACAAAUCUUCCCACCAAGCAUUUACCUGGUCAUUCCUUUUCAAUAUUUUCACACCAACGAACAUAGAAUAGGUAAGCUAAACGGUUUCAGGUAUGACAUAUAAAAUGGAUUUUGCAUAUUAAAAAAAGGCAAGUCAUUCACAAUACCGUCAGUACACAACAAAAUAUCUUCAAGGGUUCCAGUGUGUCCCAGUGACUCCCAAAGCAAGAGGAUGACCAUUACUGGAUCAAUCAAGCAAAACGCUGACGAACCAGAGCCAAUCAACAAUUUCAUGUCCUUCGGUCAUAUGAACAUCGAGGACUUUAUGAUGCCCGGGAUGGACCACCAAAAUAACGGUGGUCCAUCGGGCAACAACUACCAGCCAGCUUCAUCGGCGGGACCAGCUUCCGGAUCGACGACACCGCAUUACCAGCAAUCACCAGCCCCAUCCGGAACGAGCACACCCGGAUUGGGUCCUUCGCAGAACAUGGGAACUCCCUAUUCACCGGCAAACGUGUCCGCAAAUAGCCCGCGGCCAAUCAACAGUCCCAUGGUGAUGCCACCUCCGUCACCCUCCGCCAACGGAAUGUCACAGAGCCGCCCAGACAGUACCAAUUCCGCGAUGGGAGUUCCCCCAGCUUCUCCCUAUGGUCAACCCGUGCCAAGUCCACAGAUGCAACAGCAGCACCAGUCAACGGGAGCUCCCCACAUGACGCCUCCGUCGAAUCCGAUGGCCGCAAUGAGACUGCCCCCGUUGACACCUCCGAUCAGUCAGCCGAUGGGAGUGCCAAACAUAACACCACCGGUGAGUAAAAUGGUGCCAUUAUCCGUCCCGAACCGGACUCCACCGGUGCACCAGGGACCGAUGAUGAUGAUGGAUCCAAUUAUUACGCCACCGAUGAAGAGAACUCCCAUGAUGGGGUUGCCGAACCGGUUCCCUCCGAUGGCCGGGGAUCCACGAAUGAAUCUGCCACUUAAGCACCCACCAAUGAUCCGUGGCAAUGGGCCGGUUAACCCAAUGGCUCAACCGAGGCCACAUUUCACCAAAAAUCCCGCCUACAAGAUAUACGAACUCAACAGACGCUUGCAGGACCGCAGUGGUCAAAGUGAGAGUGGAUGGUGGGAUUAUUUUGUGUGUGAAUUUUUCGAAGACAACGCUUCGCUUACGUUAUCCUUGUGUCUGGAUGAUGGGCCGAAGCAUUUCACCAUCGGACGUUCGCUGAUUCCGAGAUUCUUCCGUAGUUUCUACGAAGGAGGAGCCGUUGAACUGUACUUUAAUCUGCGCACUUCCAAGGAGUGGCUUCAGAAUAGUUCCAUCAUGGUGGACAGUGAACAGUGCGCGAUGGAGACACUAUACAUGAGUCCCGUCUACACCAAGGUAGUUUGCGAGGGUCGCUUGACGUUGGAGUUCGGAGCCAACGAGAUGUUACGCAUCAAAUCAUGGAACUUUACGGCCCGUGGAUGGCAGGAGCACAUUCCACGCUCGUUUCUCUCGAUGCAGGUGCAGCAGCAGAGUCCGUCGAUGAUGGCACAACUCUCAACGAACAUCACCCGACAGGGAUUCCCACAGACAACCCUGAACUAUCUCCGCCUGUGCUGCAUUCUACAGCCGAUGCAACAGCUGAUGAUUAUGCACAAAGCUACUUCUGUGAGCCCGCGAGAGUGUCUCAACGCAGCUAUCGAGCGAAAGUGGCCCGUCAAGCAGGAGCAGGAACCACCGACUCCCCCGGUCAUCCCUCAGGAACCAACACGCCCCGCACCGAAGCAACGCAAGAAGCGCAAGAAUGCCGCCGACAAGGAGACCACAACCAACUCGAGGAAAAAGCGUUCCCCAGAACCACCCAUCCCGGCUCCCGUGAUCCCGCUCCCACUUCCGGUGGUCGACCAAGCCGAAGUGAUGGUCGUCGGAGAGCCCUCGCUGAUGGGCGGUGGAUUGGGCAAGGAUGACGAACGACUCAUCACGCGGGUCGAGAACAUGCCCUUCCCGAUGGGCAACGGAUCGCACAUGGGUAACGGGCACGGUCACCACAGCCAGUCGGGGCCGUCUGGUGCGGGCCCAGGUGAUACCUCCUGGUCGCUGGAGGACGUCCUCGGCGCAUCGCUGUCCGACCUGGACGAACAUCUGCGACGAGACGGUGGCAACGUUGACGUGAAGGGUGAGGUGGAUUUCGAUCAGUGGCCUCAAUGAAGUGGAUAUUAAAAUUUAAUACAUAAGUUGAC